AUGGCCGCUACACGCGAACGCAGCUUGAUCUUAGUUAAACACGAUGGUGUUCAACGAGGACUUGUAGGAGAAGUCAUCCGUCGAUUUGAAAAUCGUGGAUUCAAACUCAUUGGUCUUAAAUAUGUUCAAGCUACACGUGCUCAACUUGAAAGUCACUAUGAAGAUCAUAAAGGCAAAGAUUUCUUCGAACCACUCUUAGCUUAUGGUAGCUCAGGCCCAGCUGUUGCUAUGGUAUGGGAAGGACAUGGUAUUAUCACCGCUGGUCGAGCAAUUCUCGGAGCAACUGAUCCAAUCAAAGCCCAACCAGGUACAAUCCGCGGUGAUUAUGCUACUGCUGCUGGACGAAAUCUUGUUCAUGGCAGUGAUUCAGAAAAAGCCGCUAAACGUGAAGUUGAUCUCUGGUUCAAAGCUGAAGAACUUCUUACAUGGCACAGAGCUGGCGCCCAACAUUUACAUGAUAAAUACAGCAAUGAAUAA